AUGGAUUUGGUCGGAAGAAUGUCAACAAUCUUUCGACCGGUUCAAAACCAUUCUUCAAUCGGACCUGCUGCUGACCCAUUUCGACCCUUCCAAGGAGAUCAUUGUUGCCGGCGACGCUUCCAAAUACGGAUUGGGAGCCGUUAUAAUGCAUCGUUUCCCAACUGGAGAGGUCAAGGCCAUGCAUCUCGUUCAUUGACGCCAGCAGAAACCAACUACGGCCAGGUGGAGAAAGAGGCUCUGGCGCUGAUUUUUGCGGUCACGAAAUUCCACAAGAUGCUAUAUGGAAGGCGCUUCGUUUUGCAAACCGACCACCAACCCCUCAAGAUUUUUGGAUCAAAAAAGGGCAUCCCAGUUUACACCGCGAAUAGACUGCAGCGAUGGGCCCUCACUCUUUUGCUGUAUGACUUCGAGAUUCAGUAUGUUUCUACGACGAAUUUCGGCCACGCUGACGUCCUAUCCCGAUUGAUGACAUCACAACGCCGACCGGAUGAGGACUACGUUAUUGCUGCCGUCCACGUCGAAACCGAAAUCAGAACGAUUCUCGAAGGCACCCUGCGGAACCUACCAGUGACGUUCAACAUGAUUGCAGCCGAGUCACAGAAGGACGCGACGCUCAAGCAAGUUUCAAGUUUCCUUCAAUGCGGCUGGCCGUCGAACGUGAGUCAGCUAAUGGAUCCUGCUGUGAAGAAAUUCUACGCCCGGAGUGAUGGACUCCAGCUCAUCGAUAACUGUGUGAUGUUUGGCGACAGGAUCAUCGUUCCUCAGAGGUACCGCAAACAAGUUUUGAAACAGCUACAUAGAGGACAUACGGGCAUGGAGCGCAUGAAAGCCAUUGCUCGAAGCUAUGUCUACUGGCCGGAUGUGGAUGGCGAUGUGGAGCAAUAUAUACGUCAGUGUAGAGCCUGUGCUGAUGCUGCAAAGUCACCAAGGAAAACUACUCUUGAAUCUUGGCCGAUUCCUACCAAACCCUGGAGCCGGAUACACAUUGACUACGCAGGACCGAUCGACGGAUUAUACUACCUGGUCAUUGUGGACGCCUUUUCGAAAUGGCCCGAGAUUUUCCGAACGCGUUCCAUCACCGCCUCCUCUACAAUCGAAUUACUACGAGAGACGUUCGCUCGUUACGGCAAUCCAAACACGUUAGUUUCGGACAACGGAACACAAUUCACUUGUGAAAGCUUCAAGAACUUCUGCUGCAUCAACGGAAUUACGCACAUCCGUACAGCCCCGUAUCACCCACAGUCCAACGGGCAAGCCGAAAGAUUUGUGGAUUCUUUGAAGCGAGGACUGAAGAAGUUAAAUGAGGGAGGAAGACCAUCAACUCCAGAACAUCUUCAAAUCUUCCUUUCCGUGUAUCGAUCAACACCCAACAAAAGCUCACCCCAUAUGAAGUCUCCAGCGGAAGCUUUCCUGGGAAGACAAGUUAGGACCACUCUGGAUUUGCUCAAGAAACCGAUUCCUGUUCCUGCAAUUCCGAACGAAAAACAAAAUAUCCAGUUCAAUAAGCGGCACGGAGCAACCCGCCGUGAAUUUCAACCAGACGAUAUGGUGUUUGCUGAAUACCAUCAUGGCAAUCAGAAAUCAUGGGAACCCGGAGUAAUCAUCGAACGCAAAGGAUCAGUGAACUACAAUGUGCUCUUGGACCUUGGUAGACGACAGAGACUAAUCCAGUCUCAUACGAAUCAGCUUCGACCACGUGCAGACAACGAUCAACCGGAAGCAUCAGUUCCAGACGUUCAGCUGCCUUGGGAGAUCCUGAUUGAAGAAUUUGCAGCUACAACGAUCCAGGCAGUACCAAACGAUGAAGAUGCUCAACCGAUUCUUCCUUCGGAUGCCAAUGACAAUUUGGACGAAAACAAUGUCGUUGAACCUGAUGAACAGCAAUCAAUUAUGUCCCUGACGGAUGAAUCCGCUGAAGAAGAUCUUCCGACUGAUCAAAGUUCCUCGGAAGUAGCCAGAGAACAGCCAGCGCGCAACAGAAGACUUCCGUCGUGGUUAGCCCUAUACGAUAUCUUCUAGGAGGGAUAUGUAGCAGAGCAAGCCAUGACUUUGGUAUGCUGACAGCAAGCCUAGAUUUAAGAUUCAUUAUAUUUCCAACCUUCAAACAAUAAAGAUAGAACAUAACACAAUCCAAAUAAUUUGUCUUGGUUCACAAUCCAAUUAUCACCGUAUGUUUAGAAUUAUAUUUUGCUCGUCAUCCCAUUUGACGCUUCAUCGCUGCCGUCAGAUCGAACGACCACAGGCAGUGGCUCACGUUGCCAUUCAACAGAGGCAUUCAAAACUAUGGGCUGUGUCGGCGAACACACCAAAUAUGCUUACCAUUUAGCUUAUAUUGGAAUAUGUUUUCGGCCUUCACAAUUUAUUUGCUGUUAAAACUUUAAGCAGCAAACCUGGCGGAUCACCAAUGUAAAUUUCUGCACUACUGUUUCGGCCGAUUGCCGCAAAAUUGCCUCCAGCCUAUUUUGGAUGACACGUGCUUGUCGCGAAAGAGGUCGAUCGUCGGAGGCGCGGUCUCUUCUGUCCGACCGGCUCGAGUCUUCGUGUCGCUGACGACCGACGACGUGCGCGUCGCGACGUCGCGAAUUCGCGAUGUCUGAUGGAGCGCGAAUAUUGUUGUCGCGGUGUUUGAUGAUGCGCGAAUGCUGACGAUUCGCAUCUCUGCGCAAAGGGUGCUAAACUGGUAUGCCACACCAUCGAGACAGCCCAUCUAACGAGCCGCCAACGAACGAAUCGGGACUGUAUAAGUGCGGGGUCGUGAAUAAGGCUUAGGGACAAAACGUCGAAAGACAAAACGUCGAAUGCCAAAACAUCGAAUGCCAAAAGGUCGAAUGCCAAAACGUCGAAAGGGACAAAACGUCGAAAGGACAAAACGUCGAAAAUGAGCAAAUAGUGAAUUCUUUAUUCUUUUUAGGGAAACUCAUUCUUUCACUUGUACCAGCCAUAAGAGACGAACCAGCCAAGGGCUGAAAGUCUCUCAAAUAAAGACAAAUCAAUCAAUCAAUUGUACCAGCCAACUAGUUUACAGGGGAGCCUUCCUGAGAUUCCCAGAAACAACACCUUAGGGUCGGCAUGUGUCUUAACUAGUUCUUCGCGGGUAGGGAAUAUUAGCACUGCCUUUAUCCAUUCAGAACCAUUGCUAACUUUUUCGGUGUCUCUUCUACUGGCACCCAGUGUUGUAUUUGAACUGAACGCGAGCCAAAAAUGAACUGAGCUUGGAUGUGCCAUCAAAUACUAUGUCGAUCAUGACAUGACCAUGGUCCUGCUCUAUUUAGGACUUUGUGACGCAUCUGCAUACAUGCGUUGUUGCGCGAAAAUAUGCACCAACAAUGAAGUGGGACAUUGUGGCAUCGGGCAUUAAGAUUCUGCACCAAAAUCCGGAUUUUCCGCAAUCCACGGUGAUCGAACCGGUUUCCCCUCUCGGUAGAGAGGGGGUUCUGUGAAUCGAAUCAGCCCAAGAUUGCUAGAAUUGGUGAAAAAUGGCAGAAACAUGACCGUUUCAGUUUACCAGGUACCAGGGUACCAUGUUGGCAUUUUGCGCGUUCCAAGUUUUGAACUGAACAAUGUUCAAAUAUGUUUGAUCGCAGUGUGCCAUAUUUGAACGUCAACGCAAAUUGAACGCGUUCAAAUGCAACACAGCGAGUGGCACACUGUCAGUGGCACCUACUCCAAUUUUUCAGCAUCACGUUACAACUUUCUUCAGCGUGGCUACGAUGGUGGCCUAUAGCUAUCGUCGGCCGGAUCUCUGGCACUUUUAGGGUGGUGAUGGGGAUUCUUGGGCGAUUGGCUUACGGCACGACUUGCCGGUACUUUUCAUUCCAACGUAAGGGGUGAAAGGGAAUGCCUUCCUCAUUCAGAAUCAAAUUUGUACCUAAAAUAGCUGUCCUUCGCCGCAAUUCGUCCGAUAUUCACAGGAUAUGGUACUAAUUCAACAAUGCUAAGUAUCCUCAUAAUAAUCUUCACUCAGCUGGCGGUUUCAACUCUGGUCUGAAACAUCAUGGAGUGCAAAAUGAGUCACUGACCUUCAGCGCUCGAGCAGUGUCCCGAGAUAACGGGAAAAUGUUCGUGGAUCCCAGUUAAUCAGUUCAUCAUUCUGGCAUCUUGGUGGAUCUAUUGUAUCGCCACCCCUCUCAGGAUAUCAACAGGAUCGAUUUAAAUUCACACAAAAUCUAAAAAAAAAAUCCACAUUGAACUGCGCACUUACACACUUUUCGACGUUUUGUCAUUUCGACGUUUUGUCCCUUCGACGUUUUGUCCUUUCGACGUUUUGGCAUUCGACGUUUUGGCAUUCGACGUUUUGUCACCCAUUCAUAAAACUGCGAUUUUUCAUCGAAUCGUUUCGUUAUCUUCUGCGCACUUAUUCAGCACUUUGUAAUGCAUAAGUGCGCAGAAGACACCGACACGAUUAGAUGCAGAAUCGCAGUUUCAUUAACGAUCCCGCACUUCCCGGUCAACCAUUUCUUUAAAAAUCUUUACAUUUCUUUAUAACGGUUUUUAAAGACGUUCAUAUUAAAAAUCGUUAGCGAUCGUCAUCGUUUCUUAAUGAAAUAUAAAUAAAAACAAAGUCACUUCGUUAUCGAUUGAUAAAGAUUUUCGAAAAUACAUCGAUAUAAAAAUAUGUAGUGGGUUCUGCUUUAUCUACACGUCACAGCCAUCCAAAAAACAAAAAAUAACAGCUACCUCAUCGCCACUCCCACCCUACAUGUUCAUGUUUGUUAUGUUUUUUGCAAUCAUUUCCUAAAUUGGGGAUUGAGCUUACAUUUUUAGAUACUUAGACAUUUUAUGUUGAUACUUACUGAGUCACACGCCAUUACAAUAAUUAUGGGUGACCAAAGAUAUUCAAAGAGCUGCAAAACGGUGAGUCGAUAAGGAGAGCGUCCAAUAUAGCUCUGGUCCUCACAAGUUCCUACCUCAUGCUUCCAUGGGUCAAGCGAUGACAAAGACCGCCAGCUAAGAGUUGUGUGCUUAGCUGGUAGUGCAGCCUGGGCACUGUUGUCCUUCUGACUUCAGCUAGAUUGAGGAGGUACGAUUCGAGCGUCUGUUCACCAAGGAGGUGCGGCUCAAACAGCGUCUGUUCUGGCAUCCAGCGGCUGAGUAAGAAACGCUGCACCACGCCCAGCUAGAUCCAAGGUGGUAGCCCCAUCAGCGUGGUCGUCCUAGUGUUGGUUGGGACGUUAAACAGAACUGGCACGAUGGCCCUCCGGCGAGACAGGAGUGUUGGCGUAGGCCCAAUAAGCCACAAGUAAAAUCCCCAUUGCGAAUAACAUAGGAGAAAAUAGACUCGACACAAUCGGCAAAGACCCACGCGACGAAAUAAGGACUACGAUUGGAAACUUGGAACAUGGAAUUGGAAGUCACUAUGUUUCGCAGGAUGUGACUGGAUAAUCUACGACGAACUACAUCCCCGCAACUUCGACAUCGUGUGGUUGCAGGAACUUUGUUGGACUGGACAGAAAGUGUGGAAACUUUCUGGAAGUGGAAGUUUCCAGUCGUAUCAGCUGACAUCGUUGUUCGUAUUGUGGUAGUCUCCGCGGGUCAUUCCAUGGAAGCCUUCUUAGCGCAAACCUCAAAAACCUGUGUUGAACUCGUUCUAAACGUUGCAUUUGAGUUUGAGGACAACCAGUCCACAAUCCGUAUAGCUGAGGACACCAAAGAUUACAGUCGGCUGAAGCACGGGGACACAAAGUUUCAUUUUGUACGUGACCUUGUUCAACGUGGAGUAAUGGACUACCCGCUUGGCGCAUACAAUAGAAAUACACUAGAACUCCAAUGGCGCUGUAGUCACUUUUCGUAUUUAAUUAUGUUAAUAACUUUGAUUGCAAUAAUUCAUUAUUUUUAAGUGUUCAUCUUGUAGAGGAUCUUUUGUUUUGGUGAACAAAAUUUAUUUGACACUUCUAGUACCGCUAAGGACACUGUAAGGGCGUGGCAAACUAGAUGUUAGUCACACGAACUGUCGCGACAUUGAACUUCUGUGGCUAGUUAUUCUAAUGCGCAUACCCACAGUUGAUCAGCAGGAGUAAAUCCAUUUUAUUUUGUAUGGUGAAAAGCAUCUAAACUUGAAUUACUUGAAAUAGAAAGCUUUUACUGAAAAAAUAUUUGGUAGGCUUAAUAGUAGUCACCAUUGUGUACAACCACUACCAAAUAUUUUUUCGAAUAAUGUAUUCCACUUCGAUAAAUUUUCCUUUAGAUGCUAUUCGCCAUACAAUAUUUUUGCGAUUUACUUUUAGCGAUUUUUCGCGCAUAGAAGCUAGCGCCACAUUGGUCGAUGCGGAGAGUAGAAAAACAGCCGAUGUAGUUAAUUCAUUUACUGCAAUGCAUUGUAACUUCAAUCAUAUUUCAAUGAACUUAACAGAUUUUGUUGUCGGUUGAGAAUCAUAGGUACGGUUAUUAUUUUUUUGCAAAUUCUCAUCGUAAUAGGCUGUUUUACCUCACGCAAAUCUGACAGGAAAAGGCCUACUUUCCCACACCAAAUUAUCAGUGCUGUAAUGGUUCAUUACAGCACUGAUUUGCGUUGCGUAAUGAACCAUUACAGCACUGUUUUCAGUUUUGAUCAACUUCUUGAUGCUUUCUGGACGCAGGUUUGGAAAAUUGUGACAACUGCACAGUAUAACCUGCUAUGAUCAGACUUUCUCAAACAUGGCUAUGGAAAUCUGUGUGCAGUUUGAUGAAAAAGUUUUGUUAAAAACUAUCCUCAAGUGGUAAUUUAUGAAAUUGCAAAAAACGUUGUACGCAUCUCGGUGCAGAACUCGAUUUUUACAGCACUCGUCGUAUUUAUCCAACUCGGCAAGCCUCGUUGGAUAAGUGUACAACUCGUGCUGUAAAAAUCUUCAUUCUGCACCUUGCUGCGUAAACUACUAUUACUAUGGAUUCCACAACAAAAUUUAUUUCAGUGCACAUAUUGACUUAUUUAAGACCGAAGUCGAUAUAUAUAAAGACACUAUAUGGGUCGGCCACCCGUCACAGCGUCCAGCAAUGCCUUUUGCGAACGGCGAGCAAAGCGAACAACAAAAAAUGCUCCGAUUUCAAUACAUGGUGUACGAUCAGACUAUUGAAAUCGCGGGACGUAGUAUACUCUCGUGCCGAUAAGGGAAAUGCUGUGGUGAUAAUGGACCGGGACGAUUAUGAUUCACGGGUUCUCACCAUGAUAAGCGACGGCCCGUAUGAAGAAUGCAAGUUUAAAAACGGCAAACCGAAAGACCCCCUAAAUAGCAUGAUCGACGAAGCGAACCGUGUCCGUCAGAAUGUAGCGCGUCUAAUGGGUGAGGAUAGAUUGGAAAGAUGGUUCCACGUCCCAAACCCGACGGUGGCAUCCUUGUACUGUUUGCCAAAAAUCCACAAGAACCCGGUCGGAAUGCGCCCCAUAUCAUCCAACAUUCGCACACCAACGGAGAAAAUGGCAGCAUGGUUCGUCAAUGAGAUGAAAAAGUACCCCGUGAAGCAUGGAAACAGUGUGAAAAAUUCGGUUGAUUUGGUAGAGCAGUUGAAAGAUUUUCAAGUGAGAAGAGGUGAGAUACUGGUAUCGUUCGAUGUCGCAGCAUUGUUUCCGAGCGUCCCAGUCAACGAUGCCCUGCAGAGCCUACGCCAACACUUGGAACGGAGCCGAGCACCGCAGAACCACAUUGAAGCGUACCUUUCUAUCGCAAAGGUGUGUAUGCAUCAGAGGGAAAUUUUAUAAACAAACCUUUGGGCUUAGUAUGGGAAGCAAAUUGUCACCCCUAUUAGCAGACGUUUUUAUGAGCGAUUUCGAAACCGAAGCUCAGAAGAACAAACUUUUCCCGCGGGUAUGGAGACGCUAUGUGGACGACGUUUUUGUCCCUAUAAAAGAACGGUAACCUGGACCAGACUUUGACAAUGCUCAAUUUCCAGCACACGUCAAUAAAUUUCACAGUUGAAAAAGAAGUGAAUGGGACACUGCCCUUCCUCGACUUAACGAUAAACAGAAAUGACGACGGUACGUUGAAAUUCGGUAUUUAUCGAAAACCAACCUCAACAGACCGCUACAUAACCUCUGACUCCAACCACUACGGUUCCCAGAAAAAAGCUGCAUUCCAUUCAAUGGUGCACCGGCUCUAUACCGUGCCCAUGGAUAAGACCGAAUUUGACGAAGAAAAAUCUCGGAUUUACAAAGCGGCUGAAGUCAAUGGGUACGACAAAAGGUUCAUAGAAAAAAUAUUACAAAAACACAAACGGAAAAAACAGCGACAAGACAUUACAACACUGCAGCCCAACACACAAGAAGUAAAGCGAAUUAGCCUA